UCUUUCCAGGUUUAAGUCCGUCGUCUUCUCUCAAUCAUCGCCUUUACCGCCACACGGAGCCAUUUCCUGUCCUCGAGGAGAAGGACGAUGAUCAGAUCCAGCCUUUUGGGUCCAGAGGUUCAUUCCAGGGGAACCGAGUCGCGCUGCAGUCUAAUCCAAACAUCCCCAUGAGCCGGCGGGGAAUCUUCAGCCUGGAGCCGUUUCAUCAGAGCAGCAUCAUCAGCAGCCGCCAGAAGAGAGGGAGGGGCGAGGAGGGAGGGGACGAGGGCGGAACASGAAGUCCAACCAAGAGAGUCAGAGUCUCCAACGACUUGAUUCUGGACGACGURAAGAAGCUGAAGGUCCGCAUCGAGUUAAAUGGCUUGCGACUAAACAAGCUCCGCCCACCUGGAGAGCUCAGCCAAUGGCUGCCCUCUGGGGAGAAAUCCACAGACCUUGACAGGAAGUUGUCGCCUGAGAGGUCAGAGGUGAACGGCAGCUGGAGUGAGUCCAGGUUCCUGAGGCGGGACGCCCCGACAGUUUUCCACAUGGCUCCGCCCCCCUCUGGUGGCCAACAGGCUCCUCCAUCGCUGACCUCCAUGACCUCGUCCCGACUGCAGGACAAACCUCAGACGGCUUCAGAGAGCCUGAAGGUCUGCGCUACUCCGACUUCCUUCCCGGCCGACCAUCACCUGCUCCGUUGCCAUGGCGACGGCUUCGACACACCAAAGGGCAAGCGUCCCUUCAAGAUGAAGCACUCCCAGGGGGUGGAGCGAGACGAGGGAGGAAGUGACAAGGAGGAGCGGAGUGGCAAGGUAUCCCCGUUGGACGCCUCCAAGUCCCCCGACCAGAACCCCACCUCUCCAGAGACCCAGCACUCAGCUCGGCCCGUCCCUCCAGAAGUCCGGCGCCUCAUCGUGAACAAAAACGUUGGAGAGACGCUGCUGCAGCGCGCAGCGCGGCUGGGCUACCAGGAGGUGGUGCUGUACUGCCUGGAGCGACGGCUGUGUGACGUCAACCACAGAGACAACGCCGGGUACUGCGCCCUGCAUGAGGCCUGCGCCCGCGGCUGGCUGGGCAUCGUACRGCUGCUGAUCAGACAUGGCGCCGACGUCAACUGCAGCUCUCAGGACGGAACCAGGCCGCUUCACGACGCCGUGGAAAACGACCAUUUGGAGGUGGUCCGCUUCCUCCUAGCCUGCGGAGCCGACCCGACCCUCACCACUUACUCUGGGCGAGGGCCGCUCAGCAUGACCCACAGCGCUGCCAUGGAAACCUUCCUGGAGGACUAUCUGUCUGACAUCCAGGGAAGGUCAGAGGGCGAUCCGGGAAUCUGCUGGGAGUUUCACGGCAGCUCUGUGUGCGAGCCGUUAUAUGAGAGAGGAGCCUACAACAUCCUGGCCGACGCGCCUGGACCGGAUGAGGAUGAGGAGGAUGAAGAGGASGACAUGGACGUGGAGAACCGGGCCAGGAGGGAGGUGUUCGAGUUCGAGCUGUCGGACCGGCCUCUGCUCCCGUGUUACAACAUCCAGGUGGCGCCGUCACAGGGACCCAGAAACUGGCUCCUCCUGGCUGACGUUCUUGGUCGACUCCGGAUGGCGUCUCGCUCUUUCCGGCGCMUCUUCCCACAGCUCAACAUUCAGUCUGUCCCUGAAGACGAGUUCUACCGGCAGGCGUCCCUGUCCCAGCUGCUGACGGGUCCAGAUGAGCAGGAACUGGCCUCCUUCAGACCGGAUGUGAAGGACCCUCUGGAGCUGGUGGAGGCCACCCCGGAGCUGGCUGGCAUGCUGGGUUCCUCCCUGGAGUUUGUGGACAGUCGCCAGGACUCUCUGGAUGUUUCCCCCCCUCCGACACCGCCGCCGUCACCGGGGCAACCUCCAUGUCUUACACAGGCUUUACCCGCAAAACAGGAAGAGGACAGGAGUCCUAAGAGCCGGACUGUAGAGUCCAUUUCAGGACCUAAACCUUCAGGACGGUCCAGCCUGUGGGAUCAACAAAAAACUGAGGCUGCAACCGCAGCAAAGCCAGGAAUGACGGCUACUGCUAGCUGGUGGGAACCACAGAGACAGUSUGGUCUGGAUCCUGGACCCAUCCAGGGGUCUGCUAAUCCAGAUUCUAAAAAAUGGGACCAGCAGUCCAAAGAAAGAAAAACCUCUGGACUUCCUUCCAUUAAACUGAACUCUGUGGAUGGAGGAAAGGUGUGGGAACAACAGCGACUGAGGAGUAGGGACGCUGAAACCAAAGUGGUCACAGAGGAACAGAAACCAGCUCCAGUUCGAAACAAGAAGACAGGAAGUUCAAAUCCUGCACAUUUAAAAGAAGAAAUGAACUCAAACAUCUGGAAAAAUGGCGGCAAGGCAGGGRCCGAUGUGGACUCUGAAGUACCACAGCAAAGUAAGAAGUCUGAGAUCUCCAGCCGCUCCAAGCUGGACUCAUGGGAUCCUCAGGAAACAAAGAGAACUGAUGGAACCACCACAACGCCCAAGAGAGACGCCAACACCUGCCAGGGCCUCAGCCUGUCAGGUAACACCUUAAAGCUGGACGCUGCCUGGCAGAGGAACCUGACCAACGUCAGAGUCCACAUCAGAGACCUGGGGAUGAAAAUUGCCAGCAUUCAGAGAGACAUUAAGAAGGACUCUGGGAAAGUGGUGGGGAAGGGUUCUCGGGUCAAAACGAGGUCAUGAGAAGAUGGACRACCAACCAGAAACAACUGCUGGUCGAUGAUGUGGAUAUGACUGUAAAACAGGCUGUAAACUCCGGAUCAUGUUCACUGGCUGUGUCAGAUGUGUUCACUGUAAACUGUAAAGGUUUUUUAUUUAUGGGCAGAGACCUGAUGUAAAUAUGACUGGGUCUGUGUUAGCAUGGUGAGAGCGCCGGCUCUGUUCAGGCAUCCUGUUGGUUUUUGUCACUGUUCAAUAAACAAAGACACAAAGAAA